AAAUGUAGAACCAAAGAACAGGAAGAGCACAAGGGCAAGAUGAAGAUGAGAGCAUCAAGAAACCAAUCUGAAACUGCAUUGUCUCGCAUUCCUAACACACAGGACUCUCUCAAAUGUGGGCAAUGUGGUAAAAAAGGGCACAAUAAGAGGACUUGCCAUAGGAAUCUUCCCCCAAAAGCUAAACCUGCAACUAAGAGGAAGAGGGGUACUGAAAAUACCCAGACCACUCCAUCUGACGCAUCCACUCUAGCUGGUGAUCCAAGCACCCUAAAGCAAAGAUCCAAGCCUCCAAGGCGUGUGCAAAAAGGGAAGCCAAAACCAACUAAGAAAGGACAUGCCACUUCUGAAGCACAACCAGCCUCAACUUUGCUUCCUCAUGCAUCAACUUCUGUUUCAACUGCAGGAUCAAAUGUUGUACAUUGAAGCUCACUGAAAAAGCGAUUUGAUGAUUCACGUUUUGUUGUUAGACUGGCAGUUUGUGAUUAGGAGGUUUUUGUUUUUGAACAAUUGGUCAUGUAUAACUAAGUGCUGACUUAUUUUGAUGGAUGUAAUUACAUUCACAUAAGCCUCAACCACUGUGAAUGCAAAUACAUCCACUGAAACUGCCAUUUUGGAAUGAAUUUGAAUGGACAUGAAAUAUGUACGAUAUGCAAUGUUAUUAUCUGGUUAUUUUGAGCCAUUUUGAAUGCAGAAUUUUCUGAGUUUUUGGGUUGCCACUUUGCUUCAUUAUUUUGGUCAUUCACUUCAUUAUUCCAGGUGAUAAAUAUUUUCUAACUUCCCUGUUACAUUAUUUUUGCCAUUCCAUUUUCUACAAAUUUUGCCAUUCCAUUCACUUCAUCAAGUUACAAAAAAGUCGGCAAUUAAACUGCUACAUAACAAUUAAACCUUACCCCAUAACCCUUAAUCAUACCCCAUAAGCCCUUAAGCCUUACCCCAUAACCCUUAAUCCUAAAACCCUAAACCCUUACAUAACAAUUAAACCAUUACAAACUGCUACUAACCAUACAUUCAUUCAAUGGCAGAAGCUAAUUCCAAGCUCCUCUUUUUGUUUACUCCACAUCCACACAUCCCUCCCAAAAUGAUGCUUGCAAAUAGAACCCACGAAGCCACCAACAACACCCAAACGACCUUUUCUCUUUGUCUUGCCAUUGCCAUUGACUUCUCCAGCUUAUUCCGCGAUUUUAAAAGCCCAGGAAUCACUGCCUUCGACCGUGCACACAUGGCCGGAUCAAACCAUGCCCAAAAUUCACAGCCCUUAAAACCCCUCUUAGUCUCACGUACCUUGGCUGCACACAUGGAAAAUCGCCUCCCAGGAUUCGAAUCUGUCCAAGAGGUUCGAAUUGUAGCAGCCUUUCCGCACCAACACAUCGGCGCCUCUUCAUCCAUUUCGCCCAGCCAAUCGGAUCUUCUUCGUCAGUUUCCCUCCACUUUUUUCCUCGCUCCUUUGCUCUCGAAAACACGAACACAAAUCAGAAACUGAGUUGGUUCGAUUUUUCCAACCCAGGUAAGCGAACUCUUCGU